AUGCGCCAGACGUUCCCGCUCGCGGCGGUGAUCGGGCAGGAAAAGAUCAAGUCGGCGCUGCUUUUGGGAGGGAUCGACCCGACGUUGGGAGGGAUCGCGAUCUCGGGACGACGAGGAACGGCGAAAUCCAUCAUGGCUCGCGGUUUGCACGCGCUGUUACCGCCGAUCGAGUGCGUGAAGGAUUCGUAUUGCAACGCCGACCCGUCCAAGCCGGAUGAGUGGGAGGAGGGGUUGAGCGAAAAGGUAACGAGGAACGCCGACGGGAACGUGGAGACGAUCAUCCGCGACGCGCCGUUCGUGCAGCUCCCGCUCGGAGUGACGGAAGAUCGUUUGAUCGGUACGGUCGACAUCGAAGAGUCCAUGAAGCAAGGGAAGACGAUUUUCCAACCCGGGCUGUUGGCGCAGGCGCACAGGGGCAUCCUUUAUGUCGACGAAAUCAACCUCCUCGACGACGGGGUCGCCAACUUGUUGCUUUCCGUGCUUGCCGAGGGUGAAAACGUCGUCGAGCGCGAAGGCAUCACGCUCAAGCACCCGUGUAAGCCGCUUUUGAUCGCGACGUUUAACCCGGAGGAGGGUAACCUUCGCGAGCACCUGUUGGACCGCAUCGCGGUGACGCUCUCGGCGGAUCAGAUGUUGACAUUUGAGGACCGCGUCGAGGCGGUUAGCCAAGCGAUGAACUUCCAAAACGCGGCCGAAAACUCGGUGAAGAGCGUGGAAGAGGCGACGGAAGGUAUCAAGACGAACAUCAUCUUGGCGCGCGAGUGGUUGAAGGAUUGCACGAUUUCGCAAGAUCAAGUCGAGUACUUGGUGCGCGAGUCCAUUCGCGGUCAGAUUCAAGGUCAUCGCGCCGAACUUUUCGCCGUCAAGGCGGCCAAGGCACUCGCCGCACUCGACGGUCGAUCCAAGGUGAACGCUGACGACUUGAAGGAAGCCGUGCGAUUGGUUAUCGUACCGCGCUCUGAUAUUUUGCAAGACGCGCCGCCGCCGGAUGAAGACGACAUGCAGGAACCGCCGCCGCCACCGCCGCCGCCGCAAGAUAACGCGGAAGACGAAGACCAAGAUGAAGAGAACGAGGAAGAGAACGAGGAAGACGAGGAAGAAGAGGACGAUAUUCCGGACGUUCCGGAGGAGUUCAUCUUUGACGCCGAGGGCGUCAUCCUCGACAAGGAUGUGACUCAGUUCGCGCAACAAACCAACAGACAAGGCGGCCGCUCCGGUCGUUCGAAGAGCGUCAUUUUCUCCACCGAUCGUGGUCGCUAUAUUAAGCCCAUUUUACCCAAGGGUAAGACGAUUCGUUUGGCGGUUGACGCGACGUUGCGCGCCGCUGCUCCGUACCAAAGCGCUCGACGCGAGCGCGAUCCCAACGCGGAGAAGAAGAAGGUUUAUGUCGAAAAGGGUGACAUGCGAGCGAAGAAGCUCGCGCGUAAAUCCGGUGCAUUGGUCAUUUUCCUCGUCGAUGCCUCCGGUUCGAUGGCGUUGAACAGAAUGCAAGGCGCGAAGGGCGCCGCACUUUCAAUCUUGGAAAGCUCGUACCAAAGCCGCGACAUGGUGUCCAUCGUCCCUUUCCGAGGUGACGAAGCUGAAGUGCUCUUGCCGCCGUCGCGAUCGAUCGCGAUGGCGAGAAACCGUCUCGACACCAUGGCGUGCGGUGGUGGUUCCCCCUUAGCGCACGGGUUGUCCGUCGCGGCGCGCGUCGGACUCAACGCCAUGUCCACGGGAGACGUCGGACGCGUCAUGAUUGUGUGCCUCACCGACGGUCGCGCCAACGUGUCCAUCAACAAGUCGCAACGAGAUCCGGAGUAUCUCGGCCCCGACGCCAAGAAGCCCACGAACGAAGAGCUCGAACAGGAAGUGGCUGACACGGCGGCGAGAAUCGGCGCCGCCGGUAUGUCGGUGCUCGUCAUUGACACCGAAAACAAGUUCCUUUCGUCUGGCACCGCCGAGAAGCUCGCCCAAAACGCCCAAGGCAAGUACUACUACUUGCCGAACGGUACCGAGAGAGAGAUUGCGGCGGCGACGGCUUCGGCAAUGGCGGAAGCCAAGUCGAUUUAG